AUGGAGCUGUGCCAAAGAAACGGCCCAGGAAUGUACGCUAUUGAGGGACAAUGCGAGCAGUACGUUCAGUGCUACGACUCUGCACUGAUGGGUGGCCGCGGCGGGCGCGUCAAAAAGUGCUCCACUGGGCUGGUGUUCGACGCCGAGACCAAAGUCUGCGACUUCGCCGAGAAUGUUAAGGGUGCCUGUCACAACAACAAGCCCGCGUACAAUAAGGGCGAGAAACCGAACGUCCCCGAAGAGGAAGAAAUUCUCGAGGACCAGUGGAUCAACGAUGCGGACGAGUUUUGCAAACAAAAUGGAGUGGGAACCCAUCGCCAUGCGAAUGACUGCUCUGUUUUCUAUGUAUGCCAGAGUUCCGGUCAAUCCGACAAGUUCCACUGCCCCGAUGGACUCGUCUACAACACCAAGGGUGGCUACUGCGACUGGGCAGACAACUUGGAGGACGGUUGCUUCACGCGAAAUCUUUACUUGGUCGGCUAUUAA